AUUCAAGAAUUCGAUCACGUUCAUUAAUCUGUCAAUUAUUUUUUCAUGAAUUGCGGAUAUCAUGUAAAUGUAUGAGAGGAAAUCACAUUUCUUAUGAUUAAGCCAUUAUUUUACUAUAUAACGCGAUUGAGUAUACCAAUAUUGUAACAAUGGCUACUAAUGAAGAAAUUACCGGACCUAUCUCCCAAGAAGACAUAGAGGCAGCGGACAAAUUGAAGAAUGAAGCUAAUGAGUAUUUUAAAAAACAGAGUUACAAUAAUGCCAUCGAGUUGUAUUCAAAAGCUAUUGAGAAGAACCCGAAGAAUGCGGUGUACUUCGCAAAUAGGAGUAUAGCUAACUUGAGGCUGGAGAACUUUGGUUACGCCCUGAGUGAUGCGUCGAAGGCGAUAGAACUGGACCGAGCAUACACGAAGGCCUAUUACAGACGGGCGGCGGCAUACAUGUCCCUAGGAAAGUACAAACUAGCGCUUAAGGAUUUUGAAUUCGUAACCAAAGUUAGGCCAAAUGACCAAGAUGCGAAAAUGAAGUACACUGAAUGCAAUAAGAUAGUUAAGAAAAUUGCCUUCGAAAAGGCAAUUUCUGUUGACAAGAAGGAGGUCAACAUAGCGGAUUCUAUCAACUUGGAUGCUAUGACCAUUGAAGAUGAAUAUGUCGGUCCAGCACUUGAGGAUGGGAAGGUUACCCUCAAGUUUGUCACUGAGCUGAUGGAGUUCUAUAAACAACAGAAGAAAUUACAUAAGAAAUAUGCCUACAAGAUACUCAUUGAUGUCAAAGCCUACCUACAAAAGCAACCGUCUCUGGUAGACAUCAAAGUUGCUGAUGAAGCCAAGUUCACUGUCUGCGGAGACAUUCACGGCCAGUACUAUGACUUGAUGAACAUAUUCAAGUUGAACGGCCUGCCUUCGGAGACCAACCCUUACCUCUUCAACGGAGACUUUGUGGACCGAGGAUCGUUCAGUGUGGAGUGUAUUUUCACACUGUUCAGUUUUAAGUUGCUGUUCCCUGAUCAUUUCUAUAUGUCUCGAGGAAACCACGAAACCCUGGACAUGAACCGCAUGUACGGCUUCCGAGGUGAAGUUUCCUCCAAAUACACAUCUCAGAUGGCUGACCUGUUCACCGAGGUGUACAACUGGCUGCCAUUAGCCCACUGCAUCAAUAGCCGGGUGAUGGUGAUGCACGGUGGUCUGUUCUCCAAGGAUGACGUCACGCUCGAUGAUAUCAGGAAGGUGGACAGGAAUAAGCAGCCGCCUGAGGACGGUAUAAUGUGCGAGCUCCUCUGGUCUGACCCUCAACCCAUGAUGGGCCGCGCCCCGUCCAAGCGCGGCGUGGGCUGCCAGUUCGGGCCCGAUGUCACCAACACGUUCUUACAACGCAAUGGCUUGGAUUACGUCAUUAGAAGCCAUGAGGUCAAGAACGAUGGGUAUGAAGUCGCUCAUGAUGGGAAGUGCAUCACGGUGUUCUCUGCACCUAAUUACUGUGAUACAAUGGGUAACCUCGGUGCUUUCAUCACAAUGAAUGGUAAAGACUUGAAACCGAACUUCACUACUUAUGAAGCUGUGCCACAUCCAGACGUGAAGCCGAUGGCGUACGCGAACUCAUUCUUCAACAUGCUGUGCCAAUGAUCGAGUACAUAGGUGACUACUCUCUCCAACACCAUGCGACCUCCUCCAUCACAAACUUAGAAACAAAACAAUAGUAGGUGGUACCCUUAUUCUAUAUUCAAAAAUUAUAAAUAAUAUUGUGCAGAAAGGCGGCAAAUGUGGUCGAAAUUGGAAAUAAAUGACGCCAUCUUGUGACGUAAUUCAGUGUUGCCCGUUGUUUGUUUGUUCCACAUUUUAUACGUAAAUAGUUAUUUGUUAUACAAGAGUGCAAAGUUGCUUUUUAACCGCGGGCUCAAUUUUAGCGAGAUUUAGAUAGCGAGGGAAUUAAAAGAGCACAAGGUGAAAAAUCUUUGCACUCGAGUGCAACACGUAACUUUUCAUCCCACCUCAUCGAGGAAAUUAAAAAAACAAAAUGGCGCGCACAUACGAGAAUCAAAUUUAAAAGAUGUACCUAUUAAAGUUCAUAUAUUUGAAAACUCACUUUAAAAAUGAAACGACGUUAAAAAUCUGUGUAAAAACAAUAAUAAAAAAUACUUAAUUAAUUAAAUAAUUAUUUUAAGCGGUAUUUUAUUUGUUUAAUAUGUAUUUGUUUGAAAAGUCUGAUCAAGAUUGUCACAAAUGGAGUAUUGCACACGAUUUUCUAAAUUCAAAUCACUUUGCCGCUCUAGAGGAUAAAAACGACUUUUGCGCUCAGAUAUCAAAGGGUAAAACUACUCUUUCCGAGAUGGUGGGAUGAAAAUAUUAUUUUAUGACUCGAGAUCUUGCAUUAGAUGAAAUUGUAUUUCCAUUUUUAAUUGUAUUUGUAUUGCGUAUUAUCACAAAAUGGCGUCGUUAUCACCAUUUUAGCUACAUUUAUAAGCUUCAAAUAGGUAUUACAAUGCAAUAAAUGGUCACAGUUUGUCUGGAUCAUUAUUCAACAGACAUGAGAACUAAAUUACCGUAUAAGAAACAGGAGUGAUACCUCCUUUUAAUUUUUGAACAUGUAAGGAGCAUUUAUUCAUUCUAAUAAUAAUAUUCAAGACAGUUUAUCUGCAUACUCGAUUAUUCUAGAAAUAUCAUGAUGAUUAGUUACGUCACCACUGAGCCGAUUUGAACGAAACUUUGUGCGUUUUAGCUCAAAUUGCAUCAGGUACCUAGUCACCGCUCCAAUAUCGGAACACUUAUUAAAAAUGCAAUUUAGAAAUAGUUCUUACACAGCUUAAAAACGCUUGAAAAUGGGGGAGAGUCGGGUAAAAUCUCGCAUAGGUAUUCUUCAAGACAAUACGAAGGGGUAUUUUUGAGGAAAUGAGUGUACGCUUAGAUUUUUUUGUUCUUUUUUCCCCAUUUUUGUUGCGUAGUCUUAUUUCCUCGAUAGUACGCGUAGCUUAGCGAAGCACUGUCUUUCGAGCUGCAAAACUACUUGUACAUUCUAUUCAUAAGUCUUAGUUGUAAACUUAUGUUUUUCACGCGCUGUUGUGAAUAUUUCUGUAAGUGCACACGAUUUUUAACGGUAGUUUACUUUGGUUUGACCAGAUGUGGUGAAUUUUUCUGUAAGAUGCUUCGUACUUGCCAUGCUAUUUGUUACAGGUCUUGACAUUUUUGGUUAUCGUGUUAAGACAGAGGUCAAAUACUCCUUUCUAAAUGCCCGGAGUAUAUUUCAAAUCUAAUAAAGGAAAUAUGUUUAGCAAUAUCUGUAUUUGCUGCAUCUUAUCUCAAUGUGAAUUACCGUUAAAAGUUCGCGUUUAGUGGCCUUUCCGCUAUCACUAGCAAGUUAGUGACACUCUUCAAUUAACUCUUAACUAAGUCUUAUUUCAUCGAAUAAUUAGCCGCGUAUACUCUAGGUCACAAUAAUCCAAAAUAAUAUAUAAACAAUUAAGAUAAACAUAACAUUAUUUCAAGCUGUAUUUUUAUCUUUAAAAUAAAAUAGUGUAAGAGGUUCAACACUCCUUAUUUUGCAACAGCGCCGAAUGAAUUUGUUUUCUUUUUUAAUUAUUAUUUAAAAUAUAUAUUUUCCCCGCCAUUCACACAUCACUGAAUGAUGUCAAAGAUUUAAUAUUAAAUAAUGAUAAAAUGUGUAUAUAUUUUAUACUUUUAACUAUGAAAGUUGCACCGAACAACAUGCCGACGUAUAUACUUUGCAUUUAGUUACAUGUCUUUCCAAUAUUGAACAGAGGGUUUCGUUGACAGAAUAGUAAAAUACAGGCCAUUCUUUGUUACAAUAAUCGUCUCAGAGAAACUUGCUGUUUACACAAUAAUUAUAAAUGAUAAUCAUACAAUAAGCGAAAUAACGCCCUGGUAAGUAAUUUGUGCAAAAUUGUCUUGUCUAAUUUCGCGAUGCGAUUAUUAUAUUUUACUAUAUUGUCUGCGAAAGUCUCAAUACUAGCUUUUACAAUAUAAUUAGUUACCACAUAUACUAUUUACUAUCUAACUCGAUAAUGCAUUUUUAUUUUAUUAUUCCAAUUAUAUUAACAAAAAUAUUAUAAGAUCUAAAACGGAAACCUGCAUUUAAUGAGGGAAUGUGGUGGCAACUCUUGCAAGAUGGUUGAACCAAUCUUUGAUCAGAAAUCCUCUAUGCCUGAAUACCCUAUGUGAAUAGAAUAGAAUAGAAUAGUCUUUGAGUAUUAAACCAAACAAAAUGUGUUGCCAUUCUGCAAGAGUUGCCACUAAAACUUCGAUGCUGUCAUAUUUUUAAUCUAAAGUAAAUAGCAUAAUGUUGUCAUGCAAUAAAAUUACUACUUACGAAUUAUUAUGACCAACGUUGGUGAAAAUUAGCUUUAUUGUAAGAGUACGUACACAAUAGAUGGGGGCUUUACUUUGGCUGUUUUUAUGCACAUUCGGAUUUAGAAUAGAAUAAGAAGGUGCUAAUGAAGUGUUUGGAAAACUGAAGUUUUUCACGGCUUGGUAGGAGUAAUAACUAAUUUACUUAGUAAUUGAAAUGUCUGAGGGUCGGUUGCAUCAAUAUUCAACUACUUCAAAUUUUAAUGAAACGGUCGUGUAUUAAAAAUAAAAUAAUGCAGAUUUUGCAACUGGCCGUUAGGAUGAGAAAAAUAAGGAUAGUGUGCAGUAAAAAUAAGCCAAGUAUAGCCUAGUGUUAACAUAAGGAGGAGCUUGGGUCGCACAGCCUGAUGGCUUCACGCAAUGUGUAUUCAAUACUCCUGUGUGCACAUGACUUAACUUUUGUUCUUGGUGGUCGCUGUGUAAAUGACGUUCUUAUGAAAACGUUGCCUUCCGACGGCAGUGAUGACGUCAUAUUAUUUAAGACAGCUCAAGGGAAUCAAUGUUGUGGUCGGUUGCCGUAAUUUUGACGAUUUCCAAACGAUCAAAUACACACGGGUGCAGUUGUUUUGCUUGCAAAGUAAGACUCGUCAAAAAUAGUGAUUUCAAAUAACACCAUCAGCGAUCAUCAAAACAAUGAUCAACAUAAAAAAAUGCUCAAAAAGCAUAAGUUUUAUAUAACAAACUCUUAGGUAAUAAAUGAAUUAUGUUAAAUAAUUAGAAGUACACGAUUAAUGUGAGGGAAUACAAUAUUUAUGUCAAUGAUGCGGUAAGGAUAGUUCAAGGUUUGCAUUGCCCAGCAUAUCAGAUGAUGUAGAUAGGUUUUGGUGUUGACUUUAAUAAAAUUGUUAAAUUUGU